AUGGCCAGGUACAUAGCACAAUUGAUAAUCGCCGGUUCGCAGGUAAUAGGCAGGGCGUUUGCGAGGGCGAUCAAGCAGGAAAUAGAGGCGUCCCAACAGGCGGCGCAAAGGUUAGGUAACGCGAAAACCAGGACCGAGAGGAUAGCGAAUCAAAAAUUGGGGCUGUCGCUGGACGAGGCGAAGCAAAUUUUAAACGUGAAGAAUCUAACGAAGGAAGAAAUCGAAGAGAGGUACCAAAAUCUGUUUAAAUCGAACGAAAAAACGUCCCUGUAUCUCCAGUCGAAGAUUGUUCGAGCCAAAGAGAGAUUGGACCACGAAUUGGUUACGCCGGAGAAGGGCAAGCCAAACGAACAAGCGGAUAGUCCUAAAACGUAG